CACACAAUCACAUUUAACAGAAUCACACAUAUGAAGCGUUAUUCAUCAUCUGACGUUACUGAGGCAGCAUCUGACCGUUUGAAAGGAGAUCACGCUUGGACACUGAUUUGCGUCUAUUGUACUGAGUCUUUGUCUCGGCAUGUUGUCGAUUAUUAUCACUUUACUGGUGAAUCUCCUCAUUGAGACUUCAGAGUCGUUCACUGUAGUGGUUCCUGCUGAUCCUGUAGUGGCUCAUGUGGGAUCCUCAGUGAUUCUGUCCUGCUGGAUCUCUCCUCCUGAGAACGCUGAAGCUCUGGAGAUCCGCUGGUACCGUCACGACUUCAACAACCCUGUUCUGCUCUAUAAUCAUGGAAAGAUCCAGGACGUCCAGGACGAACUGUACAGGAACAGAAGCGCACUGAAGCCACGGUCAGAUCAGUCUGGUGGACUGAAGGAUGGAGACGUCUCUCUACGGCUGGAGAAACUCACACUUCAGGAUGAAGGUUCAUUUCGCUGUUAUGUGAGUGGAGAAAAUGCAUAUGGCAGUGAAGAGGUGGUUCUCAAAGUCACAGCUUUAGGAUCCACUCCUGUCCUGUUUCCACAGCCUCUUGAUGAUGGACGUGUGAACAUCAGCUGCAGGUCCAGCGGCUGGCAUCCAGAGCCCAGCGUCACGUGGACAUCAGAUGAUGGAAGGGUUCUCCGUCCUGGAGGAUCAUCUCACAGUCGUGGAGCAGACGGGAUGUUCUCCGUCCACAGCUGGACGGCUGUCUCUCGCUCAGACGCUCAACUGGUCUCUUGUUCACUUUCUCUCAGAACUGGAGAGUUAAAAGACGGAAGACUGAAUAUACAGGGCAUAAUGCCUUCAGAUUCAUCAGGUUCAUCAGGUCCAUGGAAGGCUCUUUUCCUCACCUUUAUUAUUUCUGCUCUUCUGGGGUUGGUUGGGCUGAUCCUCUACAAAUACAGACACAAACUAACAGGGAAGAAACCAGCUAAAGAAAUUUGUGAGGAGGAAACUAUGGACAAACGGACAAUAGAAGAUUGUGAGGAGGGAGCUCUGGAGAAACUGAGAAAAGAAGAUUGUGAGGAGAGAACUCUGGGGAAACUGAGAAAAGAAGUUGUGGGAGACGUGGAUAUAGAAGAACUGAGGAAACAUGCAGUUGAGAUCACUAUUGACAGAGAGCAUGUCCAUAAAGAUCUAAUGGUCACUAAGGACUGUAAAAUGGUGAGGGAUCAUCCAGAAUAUAAUCACACUGAUGAGGGAUUUCCGUAUCAAUUAUGUGCAUUUGGAGCCCAAAGAUUCACCUCUGGUCGUCACUAUUGGGAGGUGGAUCUGGAACAAAUAAAUACACCUCCCAAACACUACUGGUUAAUUGGUGUGGUGAAAGAAGGAAAUUUUAGUGUAAAACACAGAUCUGCUGUAACUCCAUCAGCUGGUUUCUGGUUCUUGUGUUCAGACGGUCCUAAUGGCAUUUACAGCAACACUGAUCCACCAGUUAAACUCUCACUGACCCCGAGACCUGAGCGACUGGGAGUUCUGUUAGAUUAUGAUGACGGUCAGCUGUCAUUUUACAACGUCACAGAGAGAAAACAUCUCCUGACCAUCAGCAGCAGAUUCUCUGGAUCAGUCGUUCCUCUGUUCAAUCCUGGAGUUCGGAGUUGGGUCAAAAUUAUAGAUUGUCUAAAACCGUCAGAGUGACCUGAAGAGUCACCUGAAGGCUCACUGAGUAACAGCUCUUGACUCUUGAGCGAUCAAUGCAUUUUAAACAGAAGAACAAAUAUGAACCAUAAAGCAAAUAUCUCCUCUCACAUCUACAAACUAUACUGUAGAGCAAUGACACUAACAACUUCAAGGUCAUAGGUUUGAUUCCCAGGGAUGAUGAACACUGAUAAGAUGUAAAACUUGAAUACAGCACCUUCAAUUCAACCAAAAGUGAUGGUGCGAUGACAUUCAAGGAGUUGACAUUCAAUGUGAAGUCAUCAUAUUUUUGUGAUUUUAAAGUAAUUUUCAAUUAUAUUAAAUAUGAAAUUGUGUUUAAUUUUUCUAAUAAUGUAUAAAUACUAAAUAAAUAUACAGCAUAUAUUGCUUUUUGUGGAUUGAUAGUCAUCACUUCUAGCAGAGUUAGGGUUGAGGGAACAUAAGGCUGAGGGAACACAUAACACUGGAUAAAACCUAGGAGAGUACAAGGCUGGCUGUGCACAAAGGCUAUUUCUAAAAAAAUAAAAUAAAAAGGGUGAAUUCUGACUUUGCUCUGAAAAUCUGGCGCUUCUGAAUCGACGACUGUAAGUAUGAUUUGUUAUUAGUUUAAGUAUUUGCUAUUGACUGCUCAAAUGCAAAGUAAAGCGUUGUGUGUGUGUGUGUGUGUGUGUGUGUGAGAGAGAGAGAGAGUGAGAGAGACAGGGUCACAUCACAGUGAAGUCAGCUGUCUAAUCGUGGCUUGUGUGCAAACACAUACGAGCUUCAUCACUGUGUCUGUCACGCGACUCUGUUCCCCUCUCAGACUUGAACUGAUGGUGAAACUAAGGACAUUAUUAACUGUCUUUACAUUUACUUUGAAAGCUGAAGCUGGUGAUUAUGGAAAGGGGCGUGACAUUUCCGACUCAUGCUUGUGGUGUUCGGCCAAUCACAAUGCACUGUGUCAGUUGGCCAAUCAGAGCAGACUGUGCUUGUCAGAAGGAGGGGCUUCAUAGAAAACGAUGCAUCUGAGAGAGGCGGGGCAUAGAGGAACUACAAUAAUGUACAGUAUUUGAAAAAAAAAAAAAAAAUGUUUUUUGAACAGUAAAGCAUGUCAACAUAUUCUGUUACACCAAAUGCACAAAAUAAUGAUCUUUAAAAAAGCAUCACAUGAUCCCUUUAAGAUGUUUAAAUGUGAAUAUUAAGAUCCUGGUGAAUGUAAAUGAAUAGAGGUAACAACUAUUUGUUUUAUUUGUUAAUUUAACUGUUUUUAAAAAUUACCUUGUUAGCAGAUGCACAGCAGACACACUGUUCUGAGAGAAAAUAGAUCAUUUGUGUUCCAAUUGUAUAUCAAAAUGCUUAAAUGUGAAGCUUUGUAAACGAUAACGUACUCACUGUGUUUGUUUUAAAACAGUAAUUGAUUGAGUUAACGUAUUUGAUAGUUAAAAUGACUACAAAUUCAUGUUGUUGUCACCACCGUCAGAUGAAUAUUUUGAUAAUAUUUGAUUAUGAUAUUUUAUAUUUAUUGAGGAAUUGUUGGUCACAUGUGAAAAUGUAAUCUGUCUGCUAACAUGAGAAUGUGUUUUGGAAUGUUAAAAACAUCUUGAUUGCUUGAUUGUAAAGUAAGUGUUGGUAAGGUAAAAAAAGCACAUUUUGAUAAACAGAAAAGUUGGGAGGGUGAAUCAAAGCAUAGCUCAGUAGCUUAAAUGCAAACCUUGAUUUUACUACAUUAAAGAUCUUCCAAAGAGCUGUGAGAGAGGCUAGGAACAAACAUUUCUCAGAUAUUACUGACAAAAAUCAGCAUAAACCAAAUACCUUAUUUUCUACCAUAAAUGCUACUCUUAAACCUCCAUUUUAAGUUUGAUUUGAAACCACAUGUUAAAAAUUUGGGCUAUAUUACAGAUAAAAAUGUAUAAGCAAGUUAAUUCAAUUGUUAGGUCCUGCUUUUUCCAUCUUCGUCAAAUCUCAAAAAUCAAGUCAUUUCUUAAUUUUAUGGACACAAAAAAGAUUAUUCAUGCUUUAAUUGCAUCACGCCUGGACUAUUGUAAUUCACUUUAUCUUGGUCUUACUCAUUCUGUUUUUUCAUGUUUGCAGUUAGUACAGAACUCUGCUGCGAGGUUAUUGACGCGCACACGUAAGCUCCCUCCAACGGCUGCCUGUAAGAUAUAGGAUUGAUUUUAAAGUACUUAUAUUUGUUUAUCAGUCUAUUCAUAAGUAUGCUCCUACAUACCUUUCUGACCUUAUUUCAAUUCAUCAGCCCUCCAGAUCGCUUAGGUCAGCGAAUCAAAUUCAACUAAAGGUGCCAAGAUCUAGACUGAAACAGAGGGGUGAUAGAGCGUUUGAGGAAGCCAGUCCCAAUCUUUGGAAUAGCUUACCACAACACAUUAGAUCCGCAGCCACUUUGUCCAUUUUCAAGCAUAAACUUAAAGACUACUUUUUCUCUCUUGCUUUUAAAUAAUGUGUAUUUAUGUGGCCUUUUGUAUUUUCUUCUUCUCUGUUUUAGGGUUAUAUUGUUCUUUUUGUUGUUGGUAUUUAGUUUGAUCUUUGAAUUGUAAAGCACCUUGGACAAUGAACAUUGCUAUAUAAAUAAAAGACUAAGACUAAGUUAAUAUUGAUAACAAUGAUGACGCUUCUCCUGGCUGGGCAUCAGUCGUGCUCUUCGUCAGUCAAUAGUGUCAUACUACUGAUCUAACUGGACAGAGCCUUUGAAAGAGGACGCUGCUUCAUAACCCCGAUGACAUGUGCAGCUCACUCAGCCCAACAACUAGUGUCCAUAAGAGAUGAAUGAAGCAACUCGUCUUAUGAUCCUGUAGCUGUAUGAAGGCUUUGUAAUGUAUGUCUGCGGGGAUUGUUUGUAUUGUAUGUUGUCAUGUCAUUAACGUAAACAAGGCCGCUGUAUGAGUUCUCACCUAAGACUAUGGCACAAGAGACAUCACAUUCUGUGUAUUGAUAUUUGUUUGUUCCUUCACCCCUUAAAAUUGUCUUAAGUAUUUUAAUAAUGUGAUUUUAACAUUGGCCUAAAUAUAGGCUGCAGUAUGUUCAGUGAAGGGGGCUUGAUAAGUCAGUCUCUCCUCACCUUAUACCUUCAUGAGCUCUGAAAUUCACCAAACAUCGGUUUUGCUGUAUUUUUGCUAAACAUCUGAACUCAGUAGAGUGCACACUGUUGGGAAUCUGUCUUGCAGGUUUGGCACAUUUUUCAGAAGAAACCUUUAGAGUCUAGAAACUCAUUGCAGCUAAAGACACAAG